AUGGUCCGGAACAUCGUUGUCAUCGGAGGGACCUCCCAUCCUCAAUUGACUCAGACCAUCUGCAGUGUCCUUGGCAUCCCCCCGGCCGACGUCCUCUUGUCGAAAUUCUCCGUUGGUGAGACCCGAGUCGAAAUCAAAGAAUCUGUCCGUGGAAAAGAUGUCUACAUCAUCCAGUCUGGUGGCGGAAAAGUGAAUGAUACCCUCAUGGAACUUCUCAUCACCAUCUCUGCCUGCAAGACCGCCUCCGCCAAGAGAGUCACCGCAGUCCUCCCGCUUUUCCCCUACUCGCGUCAGAGUGACAUCCCUUACAACAAGUCAGGAGCUCCUCUGGUCAAAUCAUCCCUUGCGGGGAAACAGGGAAAUAACUACACCUUUGAAAGUACCCCGCCUACCCCACACCCGGGGAAGCCAGAGAGCGGAGGCCUUCUCAUGAAUGGCGUGGAUAACCUGCAGAAGAGCCUGGCAAAGGCCCAGUUGGAGGACAUUAGCAACGGUAGCCCCGUGAAGAGGCAGCGCCCGGCCAACGGUCUUCCCCGCAGCGACACUAUGGAUUCCUUCAUGGCCGAGGGCAGCAAAUUUGCUUCUCCCAACGGCAACGCUGCCGACGAGAAGAUCAACAACUUCCAACCGCGCCCUGGUUACAAGCAGUGGGUGGCUCAGGCAGGAACCUUGGUAGCUGACUUGCUCACCUGCGCUGGCGCCGACCAUAUCAUCACGAUGGACCUUCAUGACCCUCAAUAUCAGGGAUUCUUCGAUAUCCCCGUCGACAACCUGUACGGCCGACCUCUUCUCAAGAGUUACAUCCAGCGCAACACCCCCAACUACAAAAAUGCUGUCAUUGUCAGUCCCGAUGCAGGCGGUGCAAAGCGCGCUACGGCGAUUGCCGACUCCAUGGGCAUUGAAUUUGCCCUGAUCCACAAGGAGCGUCGCCCCACGCGGAUAACGGAUCGUCAGAAUGCGACCAUGAUGUUGGUUGGUGACGUCAAGGAUCGGACGGCUAUCCUAAUUGAUGACCUUGCCGAUACUUCGAACACGAUCACCAGAGCGGCGAAGCUCCUGAAAAAGGAAGGGGCCUCCCAGGUCUAUGCCCUGGUCACUCACGGCAUUCUGAGCGGAGAUGCUAUUGACCGCAUCAACGCUAGCGCUCUCGACAAGGUGGUUGUCACCAACAGUGUGGAUCAGUCGGACCAUCUGCGCAGGUGCCCGAAGCUGGAAGUUUUGGAAGUCGGCCAUGUCUUCGCUGAGGCUAUCCGUCGUGUCCACCACGGUGAGAGUAUCAGUGUUCUUUUCCAGUACGACUAG